AAUUUGCUGAGUGAAAGGCUACCAAGAUACAAAAGCAAAGCUCGAAAAUGCUGAUUUAUCAUCAUUGAUAUUGACAAAUGAAUGACAAGACAAUACAACGGUGUGCUCACAACUGUAGAGUCGAACGGGAGAAAAUAAAACAUAAUGAAGUAAUCGACUUCUAACCAUCAAGAGACACCAUGGGAGAAGGAGCUCCUGAAGUAGGAGAGAGCUGGCAUUGGGGCGUAAGAGCACGAGUGACUGCCCUGAAAUGUCACGUGAUGGCUGCUCAAGGUCUCACUCCUGAGGGGCAGAUUGGACCAGCUUACAAUCCUGAUAUUUUAUUGAGCCAGCCCCAAAAUGCUAAGAUUUUGCAACAGCAUAACAAUGCUGCUGAUGUGGAAGCCUAUGUUGCUGCUGCAAUGAAGAGCACCAGCUCUGCUGCACCAGCUCAAGUGAAGAAAAAUGACUUGCCUUCUUCUAACACAACAUCAGAACCUUCUCCACCUAUUCUCUGUUCUGAACAAGUUUGUUUAGAAAUGUUGCCGAGUGAGUCUGCUCAUGCUCGCGAUCCAGAAAAUAAUGAAGUUAAUUCUCAAAAGGAACUAGAAAUUGUUCAAGAGUGUAUCAAAGGAAGAACAAAUGUUAGUUCAUCCAAUACUGACACAAAAACUGCUAAUAAUAGUUUCACACCAAUUAAAAUGGACAGUGAAUGCAAUAUUAAUAAUAAUAGUUCAUCUGUAAAUAAUAACUUUGGAGGCAAUGAUGCUGAUAAUGACCAUGGAACUCCAGAAAAAUGGCAAUGGAGAGCAACAUUUGAAAGUGACAAUGAAGAUGAUGAUAGCUAUCAUGAGAUGAAUGGUUAUAUGCCAAUAAGUUGUGAAUGUGAUGAAACUUCAGAUCCAUCAGUUGAUUUACCCAAAGAGAGCCCACAGCCAUCUUGUAGUGGUAAUACUUCUGGUACUGCAGGCAAUAGAUCCUCCAAUAAGUGUGAAGAAGACUGCCAAAGUACUAUUUGUGAAACAGUUUGUUUACAAAGCACCACUGCAUGUGUCUGCUGUAAUGCACACAGUAACAGAGUUGCUGAGCUACAACAGGAGUUGCAGAAGCAGAAGCAUGAGAUACAAAAUCUCACAGAAAUCCGAGGAGAGGUUGAGAAUGAACUACAAGAACUUACAGCAAACUUGUUUCAGGAAGCACACAAGAUGGUUAGCUGUGCCAAUCAGAGAGCUGCUGGUGCUGAGAAGAGCCUGAAAGAGGCAAAGAUGGCUGUUGAUGUAUUGUCAGGAGAAGUCACUGCACUCAAAGCUAUGGUGAUGACAUCAACCCCUGCUGCUCCCAAUCUUCACCUUCACUCGCAACUGUCAAGCAGCUGCAGCAGAGGAGCUGCAGUUGGAGGCAGUGCUGCCUGUGCAGUUCCCUCAGCUGAUGCCAAGUCAGCGCCUGCGAUCAUGUUGUCGUCGUCGGCCAAUGGCAACUCCUCUUCUUCAGCAGGAUUGCGUCUCUUCCAUCGCGGUCACAAAAAGUCGCCUUCUGAUUUUGACUUGAAAUACGGAAGAGACAUCACGCCGCCCUCAUCCCCCUUCAAGGGAGCCUUGGCCCAUACUGCUGACGGUGACCUGCGACAGCCCUCUGUAGUCGACUGUGAUGCUUGGGAGGUUGAUCCAGUCUGCCACCGCGAGUUUGUUGCGUGGACGCAGAACGGCGACAUGAACCCUGCAUCUUCAGCUUUCAUGCGGCGCGUGUAUGAAGAAGACAUCAACUUAUGCAUGAACUUUGCGAACACCACACUGAGCCACGCCGUGCUCAAGGCUGUGCAAGAGAAUGAGCUUUUCAUUGAGGAGCUUAAUGUGCGACACCAGCACGCCGCCGCAGCAGCUCACCCGGACGUGACCAGGAAAUGUGUGCUGCUGGACGUGGCUCGUUACUGCAAGUACCGCUUCCGCCUGGGCUGCCAUGAACCACACACCUGGUACUACAUAUCCCAGCUCGCCAGGAACAGGAUAAUUGCUGUGUGCGACUUCUUGAACUACCUUCGCUACAUCAAGCAAGGCCUUGUCAAAAGCUCAGCUCACGAAAUGUACUGGGAGGUUGGGAAGCUGCGCCGCCAAAUGGCUAUGGCGCGACUGGGCUUCUGAAGUGCUGCUGCUGCUGCUGCUGAAGUGCCCAUGGUCUGAAGGCAGACCUGAAGCGCUGGCGUCAUGUCAAUCAAUUUCAACUUCUACAUCACAAUCAAUUAUGAGCAACCAUGACUUUGCAUCAUGCUUUUGUCCGCGAUGUGCAAUAUGUCUACGAUUUCGUGACCGCAAAUAAAUAAUUGUUGUACUGGAUACGUGAGAACCACGUUGAGGAAUAGCUACCUCGCUCCUACGAUCUGAUAUGUCUUCAUCAAUGAGAGUAUGUGCCAAUAUUAUUACCUGGAUGUUAUUUGCACUAGUAAUUUACGUUAUAAUUAGUCGUAAUCUCGUUGUUUUGUAAAUUAUCAGACUUGCAUGUUGUUUUCUCGCCUAUAUCAGGUUUACACUGGAUAUCAAAAGAAUGCAGAAUUAAAUAUGUGAAUUUUUCAAGGCGUCGUGAUAUGUUCGUCUAAAGAAACAAGGAGAAAAAUUUUGGGUUAAAAGAAUCGGUCACGUUCCCGUGAUUCCGUUGAGCGAGAACCAGCAGCUCGUUAUUUUAUUAUUUUUCGUAUAGCCCCUUCAAUUUUUUUGCCGUAUUUGAGUUCAUAAGUUCUGCUAAUUCAAAUUUCAGCUCCAUAAGUAAUUUCACUGCAGAACGAUUCGUUUACAUCGUCAGGAAAUUUUUUGCUGGUCAUCCUAGAGGGCUUCAGCAACACGUAAUAUAUCACAUCUAAUACAUUAUGCACUGAAGGAGAGAAAACUCACAUUGUUAAAUCAGUUCCGCGGCUAUAUAUAAACUCUCCAUGUAAAUAAAAUAUGUAUGAACUAGAAGAAGAAUACGAAUAUACAUAAACUAUUGAUAUUUGAAACGUGCAGAAUAAGUGAUAAUACGACUAAAGAGUAUAGAAUCUACGUAGUAUCUAUAAACUCUAUUGGAUACUCCUUUCCAUUGUACGUUGAGGGAAAGUGGAGUCACUAUCUUCGCUAAUUGCUUAAAGCACGAUCUUUGCUUCAUUAUUUCCCAUUGAUUACAUUGGUUCAUAUAGCUCUGUAUGUGUAUUGUUCAUCGUAGAUCUUACAACCUCUAGCAGGUCGGAAUCUUUUAUCAAUAUUCCUCAAUAUUUAUCGUCGUCUUUGUCUAUAUUUUCUGCCGGGUCAUUCUGCAAAUGUUCUCGCCACUUUAAAGUUGCAUCAUUUUCUGAUUCUCUAUGGUAUAGUUGCAAUUUUUUUCAGUCGCUCUUUUGCCGGUUCAUAAUAUAUUUUUUAAUAAAUUAAUAACUAAUUUUUGUACAGCAAAUUUCCCUUCCUGGCCAUCGUUUUGUUGAUGACGUUUGAUGUCUGCUUUCCAAAACGAGCUGCUAAGUAGGGCUCCUGCUUUCAGUGGCAAUAAUCAAGUUUGGUGAUGGUUUGUCGUGGUCUGCUGGUUGGUUUGGUGAUGGUUUGCUGUUUGGUUUGGUGAUGGUUUGUCGUGGUCUGUUGGUUGGGUUAGGUGAUGGUUUGUCGUGGUCUGCUGGUUGGGUCGCUGAUGGUUUGUCGUGGUCUGCUGGUUGGUUUGGUGAUGGUUUGUCGUGGUCUGCUGGUUGGUUUGGUGAUGGUUUGUCGUGGUCUGCUGGUUGGUUUGGUGAAGAGUCGGCGUGAUUUGCGUGUUGGCUCACCAGUCGUAAAGUCUUGUUAGGAAUGUUUCAAGCUCUCUGAUAAUGUAGUUUUGUGUUCUUGUAGACUCUCAUUGCCUUUGCAUAUCAUCUACAUUGUACUUUGUCACUACUGUCGUAUUAGAUUUUAGUUGAUCAUAACAACUGUAUCUAUUUCUUGAAAUGUGCUGUCAUUUAUAUGAACUUCAGUGUAAAGAAAGAACUUUGUUAGUAGAAUUGUAACCGUUUAUAGGUUGAAGUGGAAGAUUGCGAUCUGAAACUGCGUGAAUAACCACGCGAUAGUUUCAUGCAGCUAAAAUGUUUGCUGCCUCUGUGCAAUACCAACGAUUGGUCGCAGUAUUGCAACAGAAUUAUCUGCUGCUGAAGAGCAGCGCUUAUUAAUUAAACGCUUUUUAUUUGUAGCUUAUGGCAACUAUUAGUUAUUAUAUGAAAAAUAAUUACCUCGAUCAAUUCUUGUUCUAUCCAACGAAGUAUAGAAAAAUAGAUUUUCAGUUAUAUUUGUCGAGCUCAAUGUUGUUGUAAAGAUAAGUAGUUGAUACAUGAUGUAGGCGCAGUUUAUAUUCUAUUAUAUCGUCACAAAUC